AUGGCGGCAGCGGCGGCGGCGGCCGCGGCCGAGCAGCAAAGUUCCAAUGGUCCUGUAAAGAAGUCCAUGCGUGAGAAGGCGGUUGAGAGAAGGAACGUCAACAAAGAGCACAAUAGUAACUUUAAAGCCGGGUAUAUUCCAAUCGAUGAAGAUCGCCUGCAUAAGACAGGGCUGAGAGGGAGAAAGGGCAAUUUAGCCAUCUGUGUGAUUAUCCUCCUGUUUAUCCUGGCUGUCAUCAAUUUAAUCAUAACACUUGUUAUCUGGGCUGUGAUUCGCAUUGGACCAAAUGGCUGUGACAGCAUGGAAUUUCAUGAAAGUGGUCUGCUUCGAUUCAAGCAAGUAUCUGACAUGGGAGUUAUACAUCCUCUUUAUAAAAGCACAGUGGGAGGAAGGCGAAAUGAAAAUUUAGUCAUCACUGGCAACAAUCAGCCUAUUGUUUUCCAGCAAGGGACAACAAAGCUCAGUGUAGAAAAGAACAAAACUUCUAUUACAAGCGACAUUGGUAUGCAGUUUUUCGACCCAAGGACUCAGAAUAUCUUAUUCAGCACGGACUAUGAGACUCAUGAGUUUCAUUUGCCAAGUGGAGUGAAAAGUUUGAACGUUCAAAAAGCAUCUACCGAAAGGAUUACCAGCAAUGCUACUAGUGACUUAAAUAUAAAAGUUGAUGGACGUGCUAUUGUGCGUGGAAAUGAAGGAGUAUUCAUUAUGGGCAAAACCAUUGAAUUUCACAUGGGUGGUAAUAUGGAGUUAAAGGCUGAAAACAGCAUCAUCCUGAACGGAACUGUGACAGUCAGCACCACUCGCCUGCCCAGUUCCUCCAGCGGAGACCAGUUUGGCAGUGGUGACUGGGUGCGCUACAAGCUCUGCAUGUGCGCUGACGGGACCCUCUUCAAAGUACAAGUGACGGGCCAGAACAUGGGCUGCCAAACCUCAGACAACCCCUGUGGAGACACUCGUUAG